ACACCGUGGACCUUCUUCUCCACCUUAACGUGGCCUCCGUUUUCAUUUCUUUUCUUUUAUUAAGCUUUAUAUCUGAAUGACAACAUAAGCAGAUAGAUCACUCUUGUGUCUCAGACAUUUAUUCGGUGAUUUUCUUUUUAGCCGUAAGUAAGCUUCUCUAUACACAUAUCUCAGAUUUCUUUCAUUGGCUUUUCUGCUCACUUCUGAAAAUCUUGAUCUUAAAACAAAACCAAUGGUGAAAGAUACCGCCUAUUAUGAAAUUUUGGGUGUCAACGAGGAUGCGUCUGCUGCAGAUAUCAAGAAGGCUUAUUACCUCAAGGCAAGGUCAGUUCAUCCAGAUAAAAAUCCUGGUGACCCAAAAGCUGCACAAAAUUUUCAGACACUUGGAGAGGCAUACCAGGUCUUAAGUGAUCCUGAGAAGCGGGAAGCAUAUGACAAGCAUGGAAAGGAAGGAAUACCAAAGGAUUCUAUGUUAGAUCCUGCAUCUGUCUUUGGGAUGCUAUUUGGGAGUGAGUUUUUUGAAGAUUAUGUUGGCCAACUUGCACUGGCUACAUUAGCAUCUGCUGAUGUUGAGGAAGCCACAAAUGAUCCCGAAAUCCGCAUACAGAGAAUUCAGGAGAAGAUGAAGGAACUUCAGAAAGAGAGGGAAACAAAGCUCAUAACAACUCUGAAAAAUAACCUUGAACCAUUUGUUGAAGGUCAAGAGGAUGAGUUCAUAAAAUGGGCAAAUUCAGAAGCUUGUCGCCUCUCUAGAGCUGCAUUUGGUGAGGCAAUGCUGCAUACCAUUGGCUACAUAUACACGAGGAGAGCUGCUAAAGAGCUGGGAAAAGAUAAAAGGUAUAUGAAAGUACCAUUUUUAGCAGAAUGGGUGCGAGAUAAAGGACACCAGAUGAAAUCACAAGUAAUGGCAGCUUCAGGGGCUGUUUCUUUGAUUCAAAUACAGGAGGAUCUGAAGAAGUUGAACCAAACAGAAAACAAAGAGGAGAAUUUACUAAAAGCCAUUGAGGAUAGGAAGGAUGCUAUGCUGCAAUCCCUUUGGCAGAUCAAUGUGGUUGAUAUUGAGACGACUUUAUCACGUGUUUGUCAAGCUGUGCUUAAAGACCCUAGUGUCUCCAAGGAUGUUCUGAGAUUGCGGGCCAAGGGAUUGAAAAAGCUUGGAACAAUUUUUCAAGGUGCUAAAGCUGCUUACAGUAGGGAAAACAGCCUGCGCCAUGAAAAUGACCAGCUCAGUACUGUUCCUAGUUCAUCAUCGUAAUCAUAUCAAUACCUAUUGGACAUCACUUACGUUUUCUGUAGAUGCAUAGUCUUUGAAAAUAUUGGUUCUGUUUCUGUAGCUUCGUACCCUUCUAUUGACCUGUGAACAUGCCAUGGAGGCCACUGACUGGUUGGGUAUUUACAAUGAUUUCUUGAUUCAUUUUGUUUUGUUUUUUUUCCUAAUUAUAGAUUUUUGGGUAUUGCAAAUAAAUGCAUUAUGGUGUUUAAUGUUUUAA